AUGACGGACAUCUACCUGCAGCCCGGCGCGAACGUCAGGCUCAGCCAGUCUCUCGUCCUUGACGGAAUAAACGUCACCAUCCGCAGCUCAGGCAGCAUCACUGGCGCCACCAUCGACGGCACCGACGCGCUGGACAGCCUCUUUAUCCUGAGAAACGAGGCAACGCUCCAAUUGGAAGGGCUCGUCUUGGCGAAUUGCCGGGCGGAAGCUGAUGGCGGUGCGGUCCGUAUGGAAAAUUCUGACGCGAGCUUGCGUGACGUUCGCAUACAGGACUGCUACGCUGGGAAUUCCGGAGGAGCCAUUUACGCCGCCAAGGGCAGCUUGCGACUGGAGUCGGUGGAGAUAACGCGCUGCAGCACUGGGAUUGGUACAGAAGGCGAGAACGCCAAGGGCUUGGGCGGGGCCAUCAGGAUUGUCAAGGUUCCCGAGGUGGAGCUGAGCGAGGUCAACAUUACCGGCUGCAGCGCAGUCAAGGGUGGGGCUCUGCACAUUGACGGUGGGACGGACAGCGAGACCACGCUGAACCGGGUCCGUCUCGCAGACAGCACUGCCACCGAGGAAGGCGGCCUGAUUUACAUUUCGACCGGCCGUCUGGCGCUGGAGAACGGGACCCUUCUGGAGAGCGGAACGGCAAGCCAAGGGAGCUCGAUCGCAUUCGGCGGCUCGCCCGAGGUGUCCUACCGCCUGCCUUUGCCUCCCGGGUAUUGGAUCCCGCACUCGAGAUGCGAGAUCUACCGGCAGCUUCCUGCCGACUGUGACGCCGUCUGCCGGGCUUUAUUCGACAAGUGCAAGACCGAGACGGACGCGCAGAACAACGAGUGCAAACAGUUCCCCGUCGCCUUUGUUCAGCCCUGCAACUGGGAGGCGACGCCCGCGCUGCUCGGCGUAUCUCUGUACCAGGUGCCGACCUCUGCCCUCGAUGUCGACCUGCCAUACGCCUGCGCCCCCGGCAUUCUAGGCUCGAGCGAUGCCGAGGACCAGAGCACCGUCCCCGACCCUUGCAACGACGGCACGACGACGUACGGCCAAGGGUCCACGGCGUGCGACGUGUGCGACGAGGACUUCUUCCUCGUCCUAGGGGAGGCCCAGGCCUCCACCAAGGCGUGCAAGUCGUGCCCGGCUGUCGUGCCCUACACCUGCGGAGUCGACACACGCAUCGGCGCACUCUACGUGCCGGGCAGAGGCUCGCUCAACGUGUCGAGCGGCUGGUGGCGCGCCUCGAACGAGUCGUCAACGCUGUUUGCGUGCAAGGAUGGCAACGCGCUCUGCCACCCCUUCUACGAGGGCCCAAAGUGCGAGGUCUGCACCAACACGACCGACAACGGCAUCCGCUACUUCCUCAACUCGAAGGCGCGCUGCCAGCCGUGCGACCGGCCGGCGGAGUCGGUGAUGCUGCUCGUCGGUCUGCUCUGUGCGGCGGGCGCUCUCGGCCUCGGCACUCUCAAGGUGAUCCGCAGCUCGUGGGCCCCUUCGGGCAAGGUGGCGCGUGCGCUCGUUCUUCUCGGGCGGCGCAUAGCGCUGCUGUGGAAGCGGGCGGGGAUGCUAUGCAAGACAAAGCAGCUGAUCAACCUCUUUCAAGUAGUCGCAGUCGUGCCGGCCGUGUACGAGCUUGAUGAGGUGCCGCCGCAGCUGAGCGAGUGGGCCAUGAACCUCUUCAACGCCGUCAAUAUCUUCGACCUCGAUCUUUUCCUACCGCCCGCGUGCUAUGGCUCCUACCUCAAACGCCUGAUUGCCUGGGGUUUUCUGCCCUUUGCGCCCAUCCUCCUCGCGACCCUCGGCAGCUGCGCCUGGGAGCUCGUUGCUCAGGCUCGCCACAGCGCAGCUGCGAGCAGUGCAAAUUCGACCCGUGCUGCGCUUUGGCGCGGCUUUUUGCGUGUGCUGCCGCUCAUCUUGAUUCUACAAUUCUUGCUAGUCACCUCCACCAGCACGCACAUCCUCCGCACCUUCAACUGCAUCGAGUUUCCGACACGGGACGCGGUCCUCCCGGGGAUGCAGGAGCCGUACCGCGCCUACCUCGCCGACGACCUCUCCCUCGACUGCAGCACGCCAGAGUACGCCACGGCGCAGCGGUGGGCGUACGUGCUGCUCUUCGUGUGGCCCAUCGGCGCGCCUCUGUUGUACCUCGGCUUGCUACUCGCCUCACGGCGCGACAUCAUGACGCGCCA